AUGUCAAUCUUAACAGCAUUAGGUUUAAAUACCAAAGUUCCAUAUCAUUUUUUAUUUUAUUCAUUAACAUUUGGUGGAUCAGCAUUUUAUUCAUAUAUUGCAUCACCAUUAUUAUUUAAAGAAUUAACAAGAGAAGAAUUUAGUAAAGUUCAAUCAAAAGUAUUUCCAACUUAUUUUAAAUUUCAAAUUUUAUCACCAUUAGUAUUAGCUUUAAUUACUCCUUUUGCUUAUUGUCCUUUCACUGUUGGUACUUUAACUUUAAGUUCUUUAACUGGUCUUUUAAAUUUAUUUGCUUUGGAACCAAAAUGUCAUGCUAUUAAAGAAGAAAGAAUAAAAUUAGUUGCUAUUAAAAAAGAUAAAAAAGAAAAUCAAGAACCAACUGAUGAAAUGGCCGCUUUAAAUACUCAAUUUGGUAGAUGGCAUGGUUUAAGUACUUUAGUUAAUACUUUAUCUAUUUUAUCUUUAGGUGUUUAUGGUUUAACUAUUGCAAAAUCUUUAACUUAUAUUAAAUAUUAA